AUGGUUCUGAAAAUCGGACCGGACCGGCCGGUUCAACCGGAAAAACCGGGAACCGGUCAGUUAACCGGUCCGGAAUUAUGGGGGGUCAUUAAAGGACUCCAACUGGCCAUCACCCACAACUGGAACUAUGUUAUCAUGGAAUCAAAUUCUCUCGAUGCUAUCAACUUCAUUAAACAUGGAUGCCCUGCCCUUCACUCUUGUGCAUCGCUUGUAAAAGAAAUCCGAAUCUUAUCAAGUCGCAUCCAACAGGUGCAUUGGAACCACAUUCUCCGCGAAACAAAUUCAGUGGCGGACAUUCUAGCAAAGAAGGGGCAAUCAAUGCCGCUAGGUCUCCACAUCAUUGAAGAUUCUAUUCCUGAUAUUUUCAAUGCUCUUUCUUCUGAUUGUAUGGGUUUUCUUAGAUUGAGAGAGACUCUUUAG